AUGGAUACUAUAGAUAAAAUAUUAGAAGAAAUAAAGCGACAUCUAUCUAUUUCUGAAGUGAUAUAUCUGUAUACAAGUAUUUCAGAACUUGUCAAGAUUUCUGUUAAUGAUAAGAUUAUAUUAUCUUAUUUGAGUGAACACAUUUCUUUAAUAUCAACGUUUUGCAGUAAUAUUAUCAAUAUUAUAUGUAAGAAUGAGCUGGAACUAGAUGAGCUAUGUAACAUUUUAGGUAUAUUAUGUGUCUCUUUAAAACUUCUGAGGAAUGUUUCAUCUAUAUCUAAAGAUAAAAGGGUAAUAUUAGGGACUUCUCAGAUAAUUAAAUCAUUAUUAUUUAAUAUAAAUGGAACAUCUACAAAACUAGAAAUUGAAGGCAUAACCGAGGUCAAUAAAAAUAAUGAUAAACGGGUAGAAUCUUUAGUAAAUAAAGAAAAGACACAUAAUUUUUUAAUUUUUGUAACAUACAAAAUAAUGUUAAAGAAGAAGGAAUAUAUUAAAUCAGAAUUGACAAUUGACUGCAUUAAUGAUAUUUUAUUGCUUCCUUCGGUAAUAUUUCAAUUAUUGGCAAAUCUAUGUAUUGAAAAUACUGAUAUAUAUCAUGUAAGUAUAUAG